AUGCAUCAAAGAGACGAUCUACUGACUGUUAGUACAUCAUCAUCAUCGUCAUCAUCGUCAUCAUCAUCUUCUUCAUCCAAUAUUAUGUCAACGUCAACCACAAGUACAACCACUGGCAGUGGACAAAAAAUGAAAACUCCAUUGAAAAAGGAGGAGUUGGAAAAGAUUGCCCAGCAGUUGAAGAAGAAAUUGUCAAAGGCAAGUAUAACUGCUAAGCAAUCUUUGUCGCCAACAAAUAUGAAAACAAUGGCUCCAAACGUGCCCAAGUCAUCGCCUUUGAGAGGUUAUAUCAACGCAAAUUCACAAAGAAAUAGAGAUGCACCACACAAUCACGACUCGUUUCUAUCAUCCUCACCAAACAUUUACUCGCCCAAUGGAAAAUCUCCAACACGUGUCAAAACCGCAGCGGCCACUUUCUUGUCAUCAUCUCCAUUAAAGAAUAUUGCUAGUGGUGACAACGACGAAUUGAAUGAUUCACCUACUAAAAAGAGAAGGACAAGCUUUUCCCCAAGUAAAAUGGUUCUAGCUGAGCUCACACCACCAUCUGGAAAUGGUGAGCAACAAAGGCAGAGUUUGAAACCAUCAUUGGAUAUGAGCACGACUCCAUCGAGGCAGCAAUCGAGAAGAGAUAGUAUAACAACAAAGCUGAAAGACAAUGAGGGCGAUUUUGAUGUGGCGAAAACGCCAGCUCCAGACACUGAAGGAGCUGAUCUUCUCAUAUAUCUUGCAACUUCACCCAGUCCUGCUAAAACAUAUAAACCCAAGGUUUCAAUCAAUGCUCCACCUUCUCACUCAAGUCCUAAGGAAAGUAGUAGCGUGCACCAGCAAUCGCAGGCACCGCAGGGACAACCACUACCACAACAACAACAACAACAACAACAACAACAACAGCAGCAACCAUUCCCUCAACAGAGUUCGUCGACGUUUGCUGUACCUCAGCCUCCAGUAACGCCCAAGCGCGUCACCGCUCUGCAUCACCAACACACUAGGUCCCCACUGAAUAGAUUGACUCCAUUCUUGAGUAACUUCUCUUCAAAUCUACCAUCAUCUGGAUUGACUUUAACCCCUAGUGGGUUCAACAUGAAUGAUUAUGUUAAUUUUUUCACUCCAUCUCCAGGAAAUGCCAUGAAUAAUAAGAACCUUUUAAAAACGCCUGAUUUUAACAACUUGUUGAAUGGGAGUGUCAAUGGUGCCGGUACCAACUCUGCUCUGGGACAAACACCAUUGGGGAAACGCCUUGAUGCGAAAAUGAUGAAUUUGAAUAAAGUUUUGUUUCAAGGGCAUGGAUCGGAUUCAACAGGGAAGGACAUAUAA